CUUGAACAAGAUUAAUCUCCCAAGAUGUUAAACAAUGUGCAAUUUGGAGAGAACGAAUGUGUGAAAGAAAAUUGGCUUGAGCUUACUCAAAGGAGGUUGAGUAGCAAGUUCGCAUCAAGUAAACUGGACUAAACGUUUAAGCCAGAGGUUAAAGAGCAACAAAGAGAGAUUAAAUGUUUGAGUAUAGAGUCCUGGUUCCCGGGGCUUAUUCAACAUACAGUCUUAUAGUCAUUGGAUGAUAUAUCAAACGACCAAGAUUCUAAUAAAUUUCUAACACGUCCAUCUCUUUUUUCCGCUGAACAGGUAAUAUACUCAUUUUGAUCGUCUAGCUAAAAAAACCGUUGGAUAUUCUGCACAGAACGUGUGCCUCAGAUAACACUGGUCAUCGGAAUCAUCUUGUAGAUGAGAUGUCGUUACAUCUUUGCUGACUGAGAUAAUUAACUUGGAACAUCCGAUGUUCAAGGCAAUCAAUAUACGAGCUGAAGAACAGGGAGGAAGAUUCAUAGAUAUGCAGAUGCAUGUUGAUAAGACUUGCAGAUAGCAGGCUCAGAGUAGAGGAAACUUUGCAGAGAAUAGUAAUAUCGAGGGAUAACAGUAGAACAACUUGUAGAACCCUUGACGAGGACACAUAUGAUGAUGUUGGGAGGCCAUUCAAGUAAGUUUCAUAACAAAUUGUACUUGAGUUAAAACCACAAUCUUGUUUCAGCCUCGUUUUAUGCUUCUUUUAACAUCUUUGCUCAUAUCGACAGGAUAGGUCAUAUACUUGUAACUACUCGAAAAUUAAGUCUCAGACGAAGCCAUUAAUCUUCUGUGAUUCUGUUAAUUUCCUAUUUCGGAUGGAUAUGGGUAUAUAUUCCCUUAACAAAUUAAGUCUCAGUGGUUGUAAUCACAUAUAUAACAUAGUUCUUGUUGCAUGUAAAACUACCUAUUUAAAGCUUGCAAGUUAAUCAACAUAGGAAUAUAUGCCUUCCUAAAGAAGGCCACACCACGUGGACAAGUCUCCCGUGUAAGCAUAAAAAAUGUCCAAAUAGAAGCAGUCUCAUUCCUAUUUUCUUAUAAAAUUGUAUCCAUGUAAAUCUUGUAACUUAAAUCUAUGGAGGAAACAGUAACUACCUUAUUGAAGAAGGCCGUGCCAUGUCUAAAGGAAUCGAAUAAUUGUGCCAAGUUCAACCUUAUUUCCUAUUCAAAAUCCAAAUUCACGUGUUUAGUGAAAUUAAUUGCACAAAUCUGCUGUCUUAAUGUACCUGCAUUCUCGUGUUAUUCUUACCCCUGCCUUGGUGUUUGAGUAUAGGAUACCUUCAGUCUGCAGUCUGCUUGAUACUCUAGGAUUGCUUCAGAUUGUUACAUUUAAGAUUCUCCAAUAUUUACCCUUGGUAAAAUUAUUCUCUUCUAAUUGUCUUUCUACAGCAAGCUUGUAAUCUUUUUUGUACAAUGCUCCACAGAGUCCACACUAUACUUGAGCUUUAUGCCUUUACCUUUAUAAAAUGCUUAAAAAUAAGAUGAUGAAUGAUGCAGUGUAUUACUCAGAGUUAUAAAUGUUUGAUCUCACAAGAUGUUUGAACUUCAAUCAACUUAAAGUGCAUUCAGAAUCUAACAUGUAUGUGCUAUUAUUCUGCCACCAUGUAUAUUCAAGAAUCACUACCUUCCUUGAAUUUCAAGAAAUUCUUGAUUUGCUUUUGCUCAGAAAAAAUUGUAAGUAGCGAAAGAGAUUUUUUUUCAGUCCUCUUUAAAUGACAUCAACCAACCACUCUUCUUCACUAACUAAACUUCAAAAAUGGCCAGCCAGUUCACCAUAUCUACACGCAUAGACCCACGCACAACCUUCCUUCUGUUACCAAAAUGCAGAUACUUGCGGGGGGUGAUCAAUGUAGGAUCACUUCACCUCUCAAAAUCAACUAGAAGUUGGGGAAUCAGGGUCUCUGAUGGGGAAGAUUCGUAUCUUGAUAUGUGGAAGGAAGCAGUAGAGAGGGAGCAACAAGUGGGGGAGUUUCAGAAGAUAGCAGAGGAGAGUAGUGAGGAGGACGAUGUAGAGACGGAGGAGGUUUUGAAGAGGAAGAGUAAUGAGUUCAAGAAGCUCUUGGAAGUUCCUACAGAGGAGAGAGACAGAGUGCAGAGAAUGCAGGUCAUUGAUCGGGCUGGGGCAGCCAUUGCUGCAGCCCGAUCAAUCCUCAAGGAGGAGAGUUCUUUGAUGAAAACAAAUAGUGAUCAGGGCUCUUUGGUACCACUUAAUUUGGAACAGGAACUACAAGGAAAGAAGAAAGACAUUGUUGUCCCAGACUCGGGAAAUGACAAAAUAUAUACACCAGGUCCAAAUUUCUGGUCCUGGACACCACCUGAAGAUAAUACUAUGAUAUCUGAUACUGAAAGCAAUAUGGAGUCACCUGGAAUAACUUAUCCAUCCAUCAGCGAUACCGCCCCUGUGAUGGUGUUGAAACGAGAUGUAGAUAUUUUGUCAAUCCCAUUUGAAAGUAAACUUGAAAAUGAUCAUAACCCUCCUCUCACCCCUCUACAGUCACUAACAGGGAUUGAAAAAGUAGAACUGUCUAGCUCAACUCCUGAGACGCCUCAAAUAGAAGUGGAACGUGAUCUCAAUAUCAUGUUCUGUGAAAUUGAUAUAAUGUUUUCAGAAAAUGCAGCAGAAGCAGCUACUGCUCUUACUGAAAUUGAAAUAGAAUCACCUGAGGGAACUUAUCCAGAUGGAUCAAGGUGGUGGAAGGAGAGCGGAACUGAGGUAAGGCCUGAUGGUGUGGUGUGCAGGUGGACGAUAAAAAGGGGUGUCAGUGCUGAUAAAACCGUAGAGUGGGAAGAGAAGUAUUGGGAGGCUGCUGAUGAUUUUGACUACAAGGAACUUGGUUCUGAGAAAUCAGGGCGUGAUUCUAAUGGAAAUGCUUGGUAUGAAUUCUGGAAAGAGUCCAUGUACCAGAAAGAUGGAUUUUUGCAUCUUGAAAAGACCGCAGACAAAUGGGGAAAGAACGGGGAAGGAAGUGAGUGGCGGGAGAAAUGGUGGGAAUCCUAUGGUGCCUCUGGCCAAGCUGAGAAAUGGGCUCAUAAGUGGUGCAGCAUUGACCCAAACACUCCCCUUGAGGCUGGACAUGCUCAUGUUUGGCAUGAAAGGUGGGGUGAGCAGUAUGAUGGGCAAGGUGGCAGCACAAAAUACACUGACAAAUGGGCUAAGCGUUCUGAGGGCGACGGAUGGUCCAAAUGGGGUGACAAAUGGGACGAAAAUUUUGACACAAAUGGUCAUGGUGUAAAACAAGGAGAGACCUGGUGGAAAGGCAAGCAUGGAGAACGCUGGAAUCGGACAUGGGGGGAAGGUCACAAUGGCUCUGGAUGGGUGCAUAAGUACGGAAAGAGCAGCAGCGGGGAACACUGGGACACUCAUGAGGAGCAAGACACAUGGUAUGAGAGAUUUCCACAUUAUGGAUUUGACCAUUGCUUUGAAAAUUCAGUCCAGCUACGUGAUGUUAAGAAGCCAUCUGAGUGAUCUCUUGGAAAUUUUGAUGUUUUGGUUUCAAUUUUAUUCUAGAGAAAGUAAAUUGCUUGCCACCAGUAUAUGAAAUUAGCACAAGAUCCUUUCAUUCUUACACAACAGGGGCCUGAUGUUUGUGCAUAGUAACUCACCUUAUGCAAUAAAAUGUGAUUGUUUAA